CCGCGCGCGGGGCCCCUUUAAAUCUGUGGUGAAUGACAAGUAACAUUAAAAAUAAUAAUGGUGACACAGUGACAUUAAAGUUAAACUGAGUCGAAUGAGUUUGUCGUCAUACAAAGUCGUCGAAUAUAACUGAAAAUAAAUAACAAAUUAAAUAGAAUUGUUCGUACAAUUAUCUACAUACUUCUUUUACAAAAGUAUCCAUCCUACAAUGUCACGCCAAACAUCUCGUCUCGAUGCAAAAAAAGUUAAUUCCGAGUUAUUGACUCUUACAUAUGGUGCAUUAGUGUCGCAAAUGCUCAAAGAAACAGAGAAUACGGACGAUGUGAAUAAGCAGUUGGAGCGAAUCGGAUAUAAUAUGGGCGUGAGGUUGAUCGAAGAUUUUCUGGCUCGCACCACCUCGACGCGCUGCUUGGAGAUGAGAGAGACUGCCGAUAAGAUACAGCAGGCUUUUAGAUUAUACCUAAAUAUGCAACCGACAGUCACAAGUUGGAGUAGUUCAGGGGAUGAGUUUUCCCUCGUGUGGGAUCAGUGCCCUCUGAGCGAGUGGGUCGAGAUGCCCAACAAUGGACUGAAGUACUGCACUCUGAUCCCAGGGGCCAUACGAGGAGCACUACAGAUGGUACAGCUGGAGGUGCAGUGUUGGUUUGUGCAGGACCAAUUGAAAGGAGAUGCAGUAACUGAACUCAGGGUGAAGUACAUAAAGAGAUUAGAAGACGCAGUGCCAGCAGGCGAAGACUAAACAGUAGUUGUAUACACAUUAUUAUUUCUUGGUCUUUAUGGCUAUAUACUAUUGAAUGCUAGGCACCGGUAAAAGUACUAGUUAUUCUAUUAAAAUGAUGAAUAGAUGAAGCCCCCAUUGUUUAUGAACUAAAAUGGUAAACAAUGUUGAUAUGAUACGCAGUGUGUAUACAUAGAUUUUUUUCUAUAAAAUAACUCACUCUCAGAAACAGUAAUGCUUGUAUGAUCUCCACCUCCACCAUACUUAACUAAAUUUAAAUCUAAACUGAUGAAUAUGAAAAUAGUUAUAGUAUUUCAAACAUUUAAUGUAUCGAAAUAUUCAAUGUAAUACCCACUGCAAAAGGAGUUCUUUAACAGUUGAUUGACCCACCUUGUUCGCUACUCUUUUGAUAUCAGUGUAACCAAAUCUUGUCAACAAUACUGUGCAUGUCACGACACGAUUCCAUAGUAUCAGUAGGAUGCAUGGAAUUAGUAGGUACUCCGACGAAGUACUUACUAAAUCCAUGGUAGGAUGAUGCCAUUGGUAGCGUCAAAUACGAAGUUGAUGGAAUUCAAAGUACUGUGGAUAUCACGUCUAAAUGGAUCUCUAUGUGGGGGCAAUAGAGGCGAAUUCACAAUGAAUUUGUGUAGCGCGAUGUGCUGUUGACUGUACUUAUGCAUAUAACAUUUUUGGUACAUAAAUGUGAGACAAUUAUAUAUAUAGUCUUGCAAUUUAUUCUACCAAAAUUCGAAACCAUGAUAUAAGAGUAACAGCGAAAUUACUGUAUAAUUCUUACAUGAAUAAUUACUGUAAAUACAUUAUGAGGCAUAUAAAGUGUAUUAAUAAAUAAUAUAAUUUACUCUAAA